ACUCGCUCUCUACACCAGCCAGCCACCUCUACGACCACCAGACACCAUGUCGCAGACUCCCCCCGCCUCCGGCAAGACCGUCGUCUUUGCUCGCGUCGUCGCAAAGGCCGACAAGGGUGACGAGCUCGAGAAGCUCCUCGCUGCCGCCGUCGCGAGCGCCAACUCGGACAAGGAGCCGUACGUGCUCACCUACCGCUGCGCUCGCCACGGCAACGAGUUCCGCCUGUUCGAGGAGUACGACCAGGACACCGGCGGCAUCGAGGAGCACAAGGCGCAGGAGCCGUUCCAGAACUUGCUCAAGUCGGGACUCGUCGCCGACGUCUCGAUCGAGUUCUUCCAGGAGAUCGCAAAGGCCUGAGCGAGCUGGACGUUGGGCAGUCGAGCGGGAGAGGAGGAAAGGGCCGCGGCACAGCGCCGUUGAGCUCAGGUACAGCAGUCGAGCGAUCCGCAAAGCAGUGACCAUGACCCU